AUGUUGAUGUUCCUCACGGCGUUCCCCAGGGGCUUCGCCAUUGAGGUGCUAGACGUGUACAAUGGCCCGCCGAGGGUUGCCUUCAAGUUCCGACACUGGGGUUACAUGGAGGGGCCAUUCAAGGGGCACCCUCCACACGGCCAGAGGGUCGAGUUCUUUGGGGUCUGCGUCUUCCAUAUAAGUUCCACAGUUGACGAGGACACGUGGGUGGAGAAGGCGGAGUACUUCUACAAGUGUGGCAACUUCCUCGUGAGCUUCUUCAGCGCGCCUGCUUCUGCUGCUGUUGCAUCGGCUUUAGGUUGCCCUCUGAUGAGAGUAAACUAG